UUGGCAGUACUGCGCGCGGCGGCCAUCUUGGAGUGCUCCACCACCACUCACAACACUUCCCCGGACAACACUCAACAAACACCUGCCACCUUAUUAAUUGGACAAACUGGGUCCUCACAGUCGCGUAAUAAAACUAAUGAGUGUCCAAGACGGGUCGUACCUUUACUAGCUUCAAGGUCUCUGGAUGCUGUCACUCAGCCUACCUGGUUACAGGAUGAGAGCUACGCUCGUGGUGUGUCUUGUUCCCAUCAUCCUGUCAUAUAACGCUUUAAAAUUACUGACAGUUUUGGCCUCCACCGCCUCACCAAUGUGCAUUUAGAUAAUUCCUGGUGCAGAGAAAUUGCAUUUGCUCUGCCAACACCGAGUAUCACAACUUAUAAGGUUCACUAAACAGAAAUUUGCAGUGCUAAAUCCAAUAUCAUGACGUUUACGUAAGUGAAAAUUACGUAUGAAUGUAUUUGAGUGAUUAAAUGAAUGUAUUUGAGUAUUCAUUUUAUAAGGCUCUUCCAUUCUCAUUUAUACGAACUUUAGAGCAUGAUUUAAACUUGUAUUAUUGAUAAGUUUGAAAUUAAAAUGAAAAAUUAUAAAUUUCAGUGAAUCGUAUUGAUUGCACAGUCAAGUGUUAAUAUUACAUAGCUGAUUGUCAAAUAGAAAAAUAAUUUGAAGAUUUUGUUGUGUGGUUGCAACACAACAUUUCAUUCACAUUUCUUUGUGAAUACAGAGUGCACAAUAAAGAAAAUCCAUUACACACACAAAUCACAAUCGGGUGAUGCAUCAAAUGAAAAAAUCCACAAGUCGUAGCUCAGUUGAUUAAGGCAGUGUCUGAGAUCCUCUCAGACGUAGGUUUGAACCCUCAUCACGGCCCUAGUGGAUUUGUUGAAGAAAAUCCAUAUCAGUGUUCAACAUCUUAGAAUUUUUAAACAAUAAGAUAUACAGAUCAAAUUAUGUAAGAAAUAGUUGACAUUUAGAGUAAAUUCUACAAAAAGUAUUGUUUAGUGAAUAUUAGGGAACUUUAAGCAUUUGUGAAAAAAAUUACCAGAAUUCACAUUUGUUCAUGUAAAAUAAAUUUAUCUCAGGUUUUGUUAAAUAUAGCAAUUAGUAUUAAGACAAAUGGAAGGUCAUACUAGAGAGAGACCCUUUAAAUGUUUAGUGUGUCUAAAAGACUUCUCGAGAAAAGAUACCCUAAUAAUACACACAAGAAUUCAUACUGGAGAGAAACCAUUCCAGUGUUCAUUAUGUUAUAAGGACUUUUCAGAUAAAUCAGUUCUUGCAAAACAUAUCCGAGUUCAUACAGGAGAGAAACCAUAUCAAUGUUCAUUAUGUCCAAAAGAUUUUUCAGAUAGAUCACAUCUAGUACUACAUAUGAGAGUUCAUACAGGAGAGAGACCCUACAAAUGUUCAGUGUGUCCAAAAGACUUUGCAGCUAAAUCAAAUUUAGUAAUCCAUAUGAGAGUUCAUACAAGAGAGAGACCCUACAAGUGCUCAUUCUGUCCAGAAGACUUUCCAGAUAAAUCAGAUUUGGUAAAACACACGAGAAUUCAUACAGGACAGAAGCCAUAUCAGUGUUCGGUGUGUGAAAAAGACUUGAAACAUAAAUCACAUCUCGUAAAACAUAUGAGAAUUCAUACAGGAGAGAGACCAUUCCAGUGUUUAGUGUGUCUAAAAGAAUUUUCGAGAAAAGAUACACUAGUAGAACACACACGAGUUCAUACAGGAGAGAAACCAUAUCAGUGCUCAGUAUGUCAAAGAGAUUUUAAACAGAAAUCACAUUUAGUAAAACAUGAGAAACUUCAUGCAGAAGGGAAACUACUAGUAAAACCUAAGAAAGUUGGUAAAAAAGGGAAACCACAAGUAAAGCUUGAGAGAAUUGAGAUAGAAGUGGACCCACUAGUAAACAUUGAGAGUGUUUAUGUAGAAGAGAACCCACCAAUAAAACUUGAAAGAGUUGAUGCAGAAGAGAACCCACUAGUUAAGCUUGAGAGAGUUGAUAUAGAUGAGAAACCACUAGUAAAACUUGAGAGAGUUGAUGCAGAAGAGAACCCACUAAUAAAGCUUGAAAGAGUUGAUGUAGAAGAGAACCCGCUAGUAAAAAUUGAGAGAGUAUAUGUAGAAGAGAACCCACUAAUAAAACUUGAAAGAGUUGAUGCAGAAGAGAACCCACUAGAAAAACUUGAGAGAGCUGAUGCAGAGGAGUAUUCAUAAGAGUUUGGUGUGCCUUAAUGAAAUACAAAACAUGUUCUUGUAUUGAUGAAACUACCAUUUUUUCAAUACUUUCAAAAGAACUUUCAAAAUGUCUUCUUUGGUAAGAUGUCCAGGUUGUGCGUGCGUCUUGCUUCCCAACUGUCCCUCGAGGUCACCUGUCCCUCGAUUAAAUCCUUGGUGAAUUGGAUGCCUUUGAUGUUGCUCACCUUAUGUGCUUUUGUUUUUGUUUUUGUUUGGCAUCCUUAGUGAUACAAUAUUUGAAUAUCCCGCACAUUUGACGGUGCUACAUAGCCUCCCUGGCUUGGUGCCUUUCUUUUAUAAUUACUGACUUACCUUGGUAAGAUGUUUGUCUCCCAGAAUGCUUCUUAAAAAUUCUAAAUCACUUGGUUUUUCUUGAUUGAUAUCCAAGGAAAAGACUCUCUCCAUCUAGCAGUCAAAGACAAAAGCAUCCAUAAAUUACCCCAGAAUUAAAUAUGAUGUUACACACUUCAUGUGCACUACAGUAUAUGUAAAACACUAAAUUGUUUCUAUUUUUGCUAGGUUUGUAUGUUUAAAGAGUAGCAAAGAUGUAACUGGGUAUAACUUCUGCCAAUUCUUAGACUCAUAGAGUCCAAGGAUGACCAAUUAUCUUGGAAUUUCUAAGUAACAAAUAAUUACUUCAGCCCUAAGUACAUCACAGUUUGGGCACAUGAAAUGAAAAGCACUGUAGCUGCACAAAAAUCCAUAGAUACGUACAAGAGGUAUUGGAUUCUAUUUGACUUUGAAAAUUAUUUUGAUGAGUAUAACAUACUAAUUUACUGAGCAUUUGAUACAGCUUGGUGUUAUAACAUACAGGUACUAAUUUAUGUAAGUUUCUGGGGAAUUUUAAAAGACAACAUUUUAGGCAAGAGUAGAAAAUGCCUACUCUAGUACAGAUCCCACAAUGAAUGUAACCUACUAAGUGCAGCACACAGUACUAUACUUCAUUUUAGUAUAUCAUCACACACACACACACACAUACUUCCAACAUGCGUGUGCAACACAAUGUAUGUGGAUGACCUCUAUUAGUUAUGAAGGAAAUACAUUAAAGAAAGUUGAAGAUACAGUUUAGCUGCCCAGUAGAUAUAGGAUUAUGGUAUCAAGUUCUUGGUAAACAAAACAUGUGGCAUUAUUCAUCAAAUGGCAUAAAUUAGGUGAACCUCUGUAUCACCUAGAUAAAUCAUAAUAAAAAACAAAUAAAUUUCUGAAUAAUAUUUGAUGCUAAAAUCACUUGGAACAACAUUCAGCAUCUGAAAAUUGUCCUCAAAAGAUCUGAAUCUUUUUUCCAAGAUUUUGUCACAUUGGAGUUCAGAAAACAGUGUUAUGAAGACUACGUAUUAUAAUAUUUGUUAUAAAUUAAUUAUGGCUGCCAGUAUAGGUGGAAUUCCAUCCUAUGACAGGAGGAAAUCAUUGUCUUAGAUACUAUAUGAACGUAAACACGUUGCAUCACUAAUACACAGUCUGGACAUCAACACUUAAGAACCCAAAAAAUACAUGCAAUCUAUUCAAUUAGUUUCUGAAAACCUUUCAUUUCACUACAGUGUUAUACCACUUUGGGUGAUCCCAUCAAUUAAAUUCUACAGAACACUAAUGCAUUUCCAGAAAAUGCAGGUCUCUGAUAUCUUUCUGUAAAAUCUAUUCAACAUGAUGCAAUUUUUAUUUAUGUAUACACAGAUGGUUUAGUCUUUCAAUGGGGUAGGCUUUGCUAAUCGUGCUGAGACCUGACUCUGAAAUGAUUACUGCUGGAUGAGGCCAGUGUUUGCUCAGCAGGAUUGUAUUCUAUAUUAUGGGCACUCAUAACAUCAACAGCAACUGUGUAAGUUAUGGAAUAUUUGUAAAGUAGCAUCUCAAAAUGCCUUGUAAGCCAAUGAAACAUUUAAUACAUUAUUCCCUAUGGUUGCGGAAAUUCAGCAGGGACUAUAAAAUUUCCAGUAAACACAAAACAUUGAAUUUUUGUGUUUACAGUAUCAUAUAAGGGAUUACCAUAUACAAACUAUUAAAGAAGUUAAUAAGGAAUUGAUGGAUUUAAAAGCUGGAUAUAAGUUUUAAGAUUCAGGAUGAACUUUUCAUGUGUUUCAUGAAAAAAUGUUCAUUCCCAAUUCUGUGGCACACCCGGAAGUCAAGCCAUCCUUAAAAACCCCCAUAUCAAUAUUAUAUUUACUUUCAAAUUUACUUACAAACUCUUUAGGUUUAAUAGUUUUAGUAAUAAUAAUGAUUUAUUUACAAGAAGGUACAAUGGGUUUGUGAGAUUACAUAAUAUUGGUAUUUUUACAUUCUUGCAAAGCCACUAACAUGCACAGCAUUUCAGUUUUGAUUUUGUAUAAGCAUCCAAGGACUGAAUGGAAAAGUUUUAAGUGCAGGUAGAAAUGUGUGACGUUUCCCAGGAGCAUCGCUAGUCACUGGCAAACGAAGGCCACGCUGACAAGCCGUUAAUAUACCAUUUGAGUUUUAUCGUGAGAUAAGACAAAACACAUCAUAAUUGUUAAGUAUUUUAGUGCCUUGAUAACAUGUUAUUUAAAGUAUAUUAAGAAUAAGAAUCUUUCCUUAUGCCUCCUUGUUCCAAUUACAUAAAGUAUUAGUAGUAAUAAUUAUGGUGAUGGUAACUAUUCGCUUAAUUAUCAAUGUAACCAAUUUACCACAAAUGUAAAUUGUGUGGCUUGAAGAACAUUGUAGUUAAAAUUUUGAACCCAUUAUGUGACUAUAGUCUUUUCCCCACCGCUCACAAGAUAGAUAAUUGAUCCAUAAAAUAAACAAACAAAAUACUUUCAAUUGUAAAUAAAUUUACAAUUGUAAAUAAAAUUUUAUAUUUAUAAUUGUAAAUUUACAACUAUAUAAAUAUAAUUUACAAAUUAUAUUUACCUCUAAAUUUCUGUACUGUAUAUAUGGACCCCAUAUCUGCCCUACGUGUGCUUUGAAAAUGUAAGUCAUAUAAGGGUUUACGCAAUGUUCCUGGUGGAGCUUGGGAGCCCAAUGUUCUUCAAACAAUUCACAUUUUCACAUUUAUGUAUAACUAGUUAUUAAAAUUUCAUUUAUUUAUUGGGAUCUCUAUUAAUUUUUAUCAUUUUAUUGUUUACAAAUAUGAUUUUUGGUGUUCAGUGGCAUCCCUACUCAUUCUAGGAUUGCAGCUAGCAGUUGUUGUACCUCAAAUUAGCCUCCAUUAUUAUAUGGCGUCUGUGCUAAGAUGUCACAUAUUCAUUAAAGAAAAAACAUGUGAUGCAAAAUCAGUGCUAACACGAGACUCGGAGAAGAGUUCUUGAACAGCAGCUUCAAAAAAAUGUGGAGGUGGUAAUUAAGUAACAGAUGCUACUCAGGUCAUGACUACCUCCAGUCAGCUUCUCACAUAAGUGCUAUGUCUCUCUUUUGUCUGUGUACCUUUAUUAUCUAUUUAUCUGUCCUUUAAAGCUCAGGAAACCUCGGCUUAAGUUUCAAUCUCAGUUCCCGAGCUUAAGCUCUUGAUAGUGCCAAGCCUCAGGAAUUCAUACAAGGUUUCUGAGACUUAUCUAGUCUACCAGCAACCAGAAUCUAGCUCUCUCUGAGGAGAGAAGAUGCUUCUCUCUCUGAGGAGCAUGAAGAUAACUUCAAGCUAUGGGAUCUAAACAAUAUAAACCUACCUGAACAAAAUAAGUUCAGUUAAUCAAGAAUAAAUUUUCUUGGUUAUGCCCAAAACCAAUAAAUAUCUUGCAGAAAGUAGGCAUAAUGAAAGUGACUGCUUGCAAGAAAACAGUAACCCUGAGGUAGAUAUGGCAAAUGAAGGUUGCCAUGCAUUUAUACCCAACUGCCACCAGCUGGCACCCCAGGUCGCCUGAAGGUGGAAGCAAACCUUCCACCUCACUCACACUUGUAGUGACUCCAGUCACACUACAGUAUUCUGACUGGGCCCUCCUAUUGCUCCAUGCAUUAAGCUAAGUAGUGGUGGCUGUUCCUGGAAUGAUUGUUGUGCUAGGGGGGCCAUUAUUUUAUUUCUGCUUUAUGAUUGUGUUUUGUGCAAUGCAUAUUUCUGGGUCAUAUCAGUCAUGGGAGUCCUGUUUAUCAUAGACUAGAGCCAGAAUCUGGCCCCCCCUCCUCCCUCACAGAGGUGCAAAAACUGCGUUGUUACAAUCACCCACACUGGGGAAAGAACCAAAAAGUCAGCAAAGUAAUGCAGAUAACUGCAAGAUUCAUAGAAAAUGAAGCAACGAAAGUCAAAUGGCUCUGCAAAUGAUUCAUAAAAAACUAUUGGUUGACUUGAAACUAACUUGAACUCAAUAGUGCAGAUGGCUGCCACCAGGUGACCCGUAGCUCCCAGUUAACGGCUGGCUACUGGUUAGUCCUGUUGCUAAUAUCGAUUUGUGUAGAAAUGCUUCCCAGGUCACCUCUUCAUAGUGGCCUUUCCCCCCCCCCCCUUCCCCACCUCUUUCUCAGCUAAGUUCAGGCCAUUCUUUGGACUUUGUCCUGCAGUGGGACAUUUGCUUGUUUUUCAUUCCAUACUCAUAGUAUUUGUUUCACAUGCACGUGUUUAUCUACCAGCAUUCUUGCAUGGACUCAUAUUCUUCAAUUUGAGCAGCAUAUGACUAGGGGCAGCAUUUCUCAACCUUUUUUUAUCUUUGAGGAACCCUUGAAAUAAUUUUCAUGACUUAAUGAAGCUCUGCAUAAAAUUUAUUAUACUGUAAUAUACAGUAUAUAUAGUUAUUAAUAAAAAAAUUUGAAUUUAUUACUCUCAAAAUAUAUAUAUACCAGUACAUGUAUAUUAAUUACAAAAAAUAAUCACUGACAAUGAUAUCGCAGAUGAAUUAUUAUAAUAUUUAUAUGUUGUAAUAAUAAUAAUAUGAAUUAUAACAUUAUAGUGUGUUAGAAACCCUGGAACCUUGGUUGAGAAACGCUGGUCUAUGGUGACUUUGUUAGACUCGUCUAGCACGGCCCCUUGCACUGACAGUCGCUUCUCUCGUGCUCAGGAGUUUGCCACCGAGAGGCUUGACCACUGAGGUUGAUAGCCUUACCUUGGGCAGAGCAUGAAUUGUUAACUCUUCAGUGGAACCCUUGGCUGGGGGCAUUCUAAUUGUUUGUGAUUGGUGUUAUUACCUAGAGUACCUAGUGUAAUUACCCAGGUGUAGUUACACGGUGAGAGCUAUGCUCGUGGUGUACCAUCUUCCCAGCACUGUCAUAUAAUGCUUCGAAACUGCUGACAGUUUUGGCCUCCACCAUCUUCUCACUUAACUUGCUCCAACCAUCUACCAUUCUCCAAAAGUGAACUUUCUAAUGUUAUCUGUCAGUUAGCUUAAAUCUAUGAUUUCUUGUCUUGAAGUUUGAGGUCUCAAGAGCUAUUAUACUUUCUGGCCUCUUGGGACUGAACAGCUUCAUUUCCCCUCUGACCUUCUUCAUGACUACUUUGGUUCAGGUUCUCCUGGUAUUACAGGUAGGUUCCUGGAUAGUGUCUUUGAUCUCAAGGACACAUCCUGGCAUGUCUAUUCAUCCGAGGUUCUGGAACUGGUUAGAGUUUGUUGUGGGGCAUCAGGCUUAUCGCUUCAAGGUUCUGUCCUUUGGCUUCAGUCUGGUUCCUCAGAUCUUCACCAGGUUAGCCCAGAUAGUUGUGUCCUAGCUGCGGGUUUUGGGAAUUCGUAUCUUGGCCUUCCUCAAUGACUGGCUGGUGAGAGUCUUCCCCCCACCCCCCACCAAGUCUGUGUGUCAGCUGUCUAGGAAUCCAGUUCUUUCCCUACUUGCCAGGUUUGGGUUCCUGGUGAACUGGCAAAAGUCCCAGUUGGUUCCAUCCAGAACCAUCGGACUAGAUUGGGUCUAAUUUGGGAUUCCCAGUCUGCAUGUCUUUCUCUGCAGUGCAUCGGCAUCACUGUCUGGUGUUGGAUUGGCCCAGGUGGUUCAUUGUUGGUCAAGUGGUAGUGUGAUGUUUCACCCAGACAGGGUUUGACUCUAUUCACUGUCCUGUUUCUUCCAGUAAUGAACAUUUUUUGUCACUUCUGUGUCCAAUGGGUUCAGGCCCUGCUUGUCCUUUAUUGGCUCUUGCUCUGUUGGCUUCCUCUUCAUGCUCUUCGGGAUUCUGUUUAGUGAUGCCGUCCUCCCCAUCACUUGAUGUGUUUAGAGAUGAAGUGGCUCUGGAUCGGGGCCUUGUGACCUGCGCUUACCAGACCUUCCGGGUUUUGCGGUCAUGUCCACUACUCCAUCUGGCGCACAGUAUGGUGCAUGAGUUUGACUGGCAGGCCCUUUGGAGAGUUUGCCUUUCCCUGGGCUCCCUCCUCUGGCUCCAUUCUGACUUCUUCCUGGUGGUUCAUUACCUGAACCAUAUGUGGUCAUUUGUGUCUAUGUCUGUCUACCAAUUUGUCUUUGUCUAUCCCUCUCCUCUCCCUUCCCCUCUCUUGCUUCCAUAAGUGGGUAAUAGAUUGAUUAAUAUCUAAAUGUUUGCAUUCUUGACAUGAGUAUCAAUAUUAAAAUUAUUCCUUAUGAAUUGUACAGAAAUUUUUACACUUCCACAAUUUACUAUAUGAAUUUAAAUUACUACUUUAUUAGACAAAAAAUAAGAUUGAAUACUUGUGGUAAAUGUUUAGCUCGUCAAUGAUGUAUGAAGUAAGUGUGAAUUUUUGGUUCGUCGUCGUCAUGGUCACCACACCAUGCUACUGCCUUCUUUAUAGGCUACUGUACUUACCUGACUGUCCAUGGCAUCACUUGCAUUUGCUAGUUUUGACCAAUAAUUUGUUGUGUAUAUCUUGCCUGUCAAUGACUAUGAGGUAGUGAGAUCUAGCUAUCUAUGCCAUGCCUCCUAGCUGUUUAUACCUGGUGUGCUAAUUACCUCUCACAACAUAAACAUUGUUGUAAGUGGUAAUAGCUAUGUAGGCUUAGCCUGAUUCUGGCAUGAUUAUAUAAACUAAUUAUAUGCUUGCUUUUUUUCAUAUAUGAAAAAUACAUAUACUGUACUGGGUAUAGAAGAAAUAAGAGUAUAAAUGUCAAAAUAA